AUGCACAAGAGGGCAGCGCUAUUCUUUCUAAUAGUAUCUGUUUGCCUUGGAGUAACGAACCCUACAACCAGUAGCUCUACAGAAACCGCAACCUCGACCACCACGGAUGAUACCUCCACAGAAACAACAAAGUUCCAAACUACGGUCUCCACCGCCAGUGACAGCAGCUCUACAGAAACCACGAUCUCCACGGCCACUGAAAGCAGCUCGACAAAAACAACGAUCUCCAAUACCACUGACAGCAGCCCGAUACAAACCACGGUCUCCACGGCCACUGGCGACAGCUCUUCAGAAACCACGAUCUCCACCGCCACUGACAGCAGCUCUACAGAAACCACGGCUUCCACCGUUACUGAGAGCAGCCCGACAGAAACAACGGUCUCCAUGGCAACUGAGAGCAGCUCUACAGAAACCACAACCUCCACCGCUACUGACAGCAGCCCGACGGAAACCACGGUCUCAACUGGCAUUGACAGUAGCUCUACAGCAAUCACGGUCUCCACCGCAGCUGAUAGCAGCUCUACAGACACCACGACCUCCAACGCUACUGACAGCAGCCCGACGGAACCCACGGUCUCAACAGGCAUUGACAGCAGCGCUACAGCAAUCACGGUCUCCACCGCAGCUGAGAGCAGCUCUACAGAAACCACAACCUCCACCGCUACUGACAGCAGCCCGACGGAAACCACGGUCUCAACAGGCAUUGACAGCAGCUCUACAGCAAUCAUAGUCUCCACCACAACUAGCGACAGCUCUACAGAAACCACGGUUUCCACCGCCACUGACAGCACCUCUACAAAAACCACGGCUUCCACCGUUACUGAGAGCAGCCCGACAGAAACAACGGUCUCCAUGGCAACUGAGAGCAGCUCUACAGAAACCACAACCUCCACCGCUACUGACAGCAGCCCGACGGAAACCACGGUCUCAACUGGCAUUGACAGCAGCGCUACAGCAAUCACUGUCUCCACCACAACUAGCGACAGCUCUACAGAAACCACGGUUUCCACCGCCACUGAUAGCACCUCUACAAAAACCACGGCUUCCACCGUUACUGAGAGCAGCCCGACAGAAACAACGGUCUCCAUGGCAACUGAGAGCAGCUCUACAGAAACCACAACCUCCACCGCUACUGACAGCAGCCCGACGGAAACCACGGUCUCAACAGGCAUUGACAGCAGCGCUACAGCAAUCACUGUCUCCACCACAACUAGCGACAGCUCUACAGAAACCACGGUUUCCACCGCCACUGACAGCACCUCUACAAAAACCACGGCUUCCACCGUUACUGAGAGCAGCCCGACAGAAACAACGGUCUCCAUGGCAACUGAGAGCAGCUCUACAGAAACCACAAUCUCCACCGCCUCUGACAGCAGCCCGACGGAAACCACGGUCCCCACAGGCAUUGAAAGCAGCUCUACAGCAAUCACAGUCUCCACCGCCACUGACAGCAGCUCUACAGAAACUACGAUCUCCACCGCCACUGACAGCAGCCCGAUACAAACCACGGUCUCCACAGGCAUUGACAGCAGCUCUACAGCAAUCACAGUCUCCACCGCCACUGACAGCAGCUCUACAGAAACCACGGUUUCCACCGCCACUGACAGCAGCUCUACAGAAACCACGGCUUCCACCGUUACUGAGAGCAGCCCGACAGAAACAACGGUCUCCAUGGCAACUGAGAGCAGCUCUACAGAAACCACGAUCUCCACCGCCUCUGACAGCAGCCCGACGGAAACCACGGUCUCCACAGGCAUUGACAGUAGCUCUACAGCAAUCACGGUCUCCACCGCAGCUGAUAGCAGCUCUACAGACACCAUGACCUCCACCGCUACUGACAGCAGCCCGACGGAAACCACGGUCUCCACAGGCAUUGACAGCAGCUCUACAGCAAUCACAGUCUCCACCGCCACUGACAGCAGCUCUACAGAAACCACGAUCUCCACCGCCACUGCCAGCAGCCCGACGGAAACCACGGUCUCCACAGGCAUUGACAGCAGCUCUACAGAAACCACGAUCUCCACGGCCACUGAAAGCAGCUCGACAAAAACAACGAUCUCCAAUACCACUGACAGCAGCCCGAUACAAACCACGGUCUCCACGGCCACUGGCGACAGCUCUUCAGAAACCACGAUCUCUACCGCCACUGACAGCAACUCUACAGAAACCACGGCUUCCACCGUUACUGAGAGCAGCUCUACAGAAACCACGAUCUCCACCGCCACUGACAGCAGCCCAACGGAAACCACGGUCUCAACAGGCAUUGACAGCAGCUCUACAGCAAUCAUUGUCUCCACCACAACUAGCGACAGCUCUACAGAAACCACGAUCUCCACCGCCACUGACAGCACCUCUACAAAAACCACGGCUUCCACCGUUACUGAGAGCAGCCCAACAGAAACAACGGUCUCCAUUACAACUGAGAGCAGCUCUACAGAAACCACGAUCUCCACCGCCUCUGACAGCAGCCCGACGGAAACCACGGUCUCCACAGGCAUUGACAGUAGCUCUACAGCAAUCACGAUAUCCACCGCAGCUGAUAGCAGCUCUACAGACACCACAACCUCCACCGCUACUGACAGCAGCCCGACGGAAACCACGGUCUCCACAGGCAUUGACAGCAGCUCUACAGCAAUCACAGUCUCCACCGCCACUGACAGCAGCUCUACAGAAACCACGAUCUCCACCGCCACCGACAGCAGCUCUACAGAAACCACGGCUUCCACCGUUACUGAGAGCAGCCCGACAGAAACAACGGUCUCCAUGGCAACUGAGAGCAGCUCUACAGAAACCACGAUCUCCACCGCCUCUGACAGCAGCCCGACGGAAACCACGGUCUCCACAGGCAUUGACAGUAGCUCUACAGCAAUCACGGUCUCCACCGCAGCUGAUAGCAGCUCUACAGACACCACGACCUCCAACGCUACUGACAGCAGCCCGACGGAAACCACGGUCUCCACAGGCAUUGAAAGCAGCUCUACAGCAAUCACAGUCUCCACCGCCACUGACCGCAGCUCUACAGAAACCACGAUCUCUACCGCCACUGACAGCAGCCCGACGGAAACCACGGUCUCAACAGGCAUUGACAGCAGCUCUACAGCAAUCACAGUCUCCACCGCCACUGACAGCAGCUCUACAGAAACCACGAUCUCCACCGCCACUGACACCAGCUCUACAGAAACCACGGGUUCCACCGUUACUGAGAGCAGCCCAACAAAAACAACGGUCUCCAUGGCAACUGAGAGCGGCUCUACAGAAACCACGAUCUCCACCGCCUCUGACAGCAGCCCGACGGAAACCACGGUCUCCACAGGCAUUGACAGUAGCUCUACAGCAAUCACGGUCUCCACCGCAGCUGAUAGCAGCUCUACAGACACCACAACCUCCACCGCUACUGACAGCAGCCCGACGGAAACCACGGUCUCCACAGGCAUUGAAAGCAGCUCUACAGCAAUCACAGUCUCCACCGCCACUGAGAGCAGCUCUACAGAAACCACGAUCUCCACCGCCACUGACAGCAGCCCGACGGAAACCACGGUCUCCACAGGCAUUGACAGCAGCUCUACAGAAACCAUAGCUUUCACCACAACUAAGAGCCCAUUACCAACCCUGCCCCCGGACUCCUUUAAACCUGUCAAAGUGUUGUACUCGCUGAACUCGUCCCUUGCCAUUAAUGCAUCGUAUGAUGAGAAAGAGGAAGAAGUCUACAAAGAGAAUAUUACUGACUCUCUUCAAAAGGCGUAUGAAAACGUGACCGGUUAUGAAUCCGUCGAAGUUCUCUGUGUGAGGUAA